GAGGGUUAUUAACCUAUUACUAGAGUAUUUAGGCUUUUACACUAUGAUAUAUAUGGAGAGCAUAUAAGUCAAUGCGACGGAAUUCAUGUUGACCAGCUUUUCCCUGCCGCCUCCUCCCCUUUCCCUCUCCGCCAGACCUUCAACUAAAAGGUACUGAAAUGGGAUUCACACCCAGAAAAUAGAUUAAAAGAAGAACUGCACUUCCCACCUUUAUAUAUAUACUUAUAACCCACACCACCUUUACUUUUUCUCUCAUCAUCCAUCUCAUUACACUGCUGCGCUGCAUUAUGUAGGUCCUGUUUGGUCAGGUAGAAUGGAGACUAAAAUAAAAGGACAUGAGGAAGGGUGCAGUAGGAUAGAGGUUUCUUAUGAUGCUUAUUCUUCUUCAAAUCUCUCAAGAAGGGGAAGCUUUGGAAAACCUUCUUGGCUUCUUUGCUCUGUUGCAGAUUUGGAUGAGAGGAUGAAGUUGUUGGGGUUGAACUUGACAGGGGAAGGCAGUGAUAGUGCAGAUGACAGUUUUGCGAAACGUGCAGACUGCUACUACCAGCAACGUCCUCAGCUAAUUGCUUUGCUCCAAGAUUUGUACAAUAGUUACCUAUCCCUGGCUGACCGUUACUGCCAGUCACUGUCAAAGACUCACCACCACCACUCCGCUCUGUCCAUUCACUUUGCCGACAUCCAACAAGAUCUCGACCGGGGGGGAGACAAUGCCAUUGAUUCAUCUGAUGAUGCCGAGAGCUCUCUAUCUUAUCAACCACCACUGGGCCAGUUCCAUCACCAUCAAGCAAAAGCUGGGGACCCAGAUAUGAUCAUUGCUGACUUAGUGAUGAAAACGGUUGAGUGUGACAUGAUCCUUCAUGAGCUGGAGCAGUUGGAGAGACGCGGGGUGGAGUCGUCUAGGAAGAUGGAGUUGCAGAGGAGUCUGCUGGAUGUGCUUGAGGCCGAGAGGUUGAUUUUACUGAACGAGAACGCUAGGCUCGGGUACCAGGUCUCUGAGUUGGUGGAGGAGAACCAAGGGCUGGCAUCCGAGUCUACUUUCAUGAAGAGGAAGGCAGCUGACCUGGCGAGGUGCCUGUUGAAAAUGAGGGAGGACCACAGGGUUUUUGUGCUCAGCCGGAAGCUGGAGGAGCUUCAAGGGCAGAUACAAGGGCUGGAGAAGAGGAAUAGGGAGUAUUAUGAGCAGCUGGUCAAGCACGAUGAAGUAGAAAAGAAGAGGAACAACAGCGGAAAGAAGGUGAAAGGCUUUAAAGGGUGCUGUUUUCAAGUCCAUGAUGGAGUCUUUGCUUCUUCUUCUUCUUCUUCAUCCUCUUCCUCUUCUUCGGCUGCUUGGUUUAGUAGCAGCGGUGGGUCAGCUGGUGGUAAUUUUGCUGGUGUCAAGAAAAAAAUCGUUCAACAUGGGAACAAUGGCAGUGGAAAAGGGCUGUUGGAGAGAUUCAAGAAGUUUGAAAUCUUUCCAUGUGGACCUCACUAAUUUCAUCUCAGACUAUCGUACUACUUAAGCAAAACUCUAUUUAUGACCGUUGAUGUAGUAAUGUAGUUAGAGGCAGGUCAAUUAACCAAAGGAAAGAGGAAUGAACUUGAAGGCAUGGCCAACUAGUUUAAUUGCUCUUAUAUUGGCGAAAAUGAGCACCUUUUUUGUACACUAUAAUAGUUGGCAACUGAGUAGUUGAUAGAGUAUAUGGGCAUGGACCCCAGAGCCCACACACUCAAUGGCCCAAAAAGACACCAGCAGGACACCCACAUCGGCCAGAGGCAUGUAGCGUCCAAAAAAGAAGAUAUCGCCUGAUCUAUUUGGACGGCGUCGUCCAUGGACCGCAUCGUCCAUGGACCGCAUCAUCCAUGGACCGCAUCGUCCAUGGACCGCAUCAUCCAUGAACCGCAUCGUCCAUGGACCGCAUCGUCCAUGGACCGCAUCGUCCAUGGACCGCAUCGUCCGAACUUCGCCCGGACAGAAUGUAUUUUUCUAUUCUAUAUACUAAGUGUUGUACUCAGCCCAUUAGUGGCCUUAUUUGCCCAAAGAAGGCAUGGUUAUUGUAAUGGGCCUCCUAAGCCCAAGGCUAGGGGCCCAAAUCCACAUUUUUACCUAUAAAUAGACCCCAAGGGGCUAAUUAUAGGGGGAUUCUUUCCACUUUGAGAAAUAUAAUCACUCACUUUCUCUCUCUAGCUCUCACUUCUCUCUAG